AUGGCUAUGGGGCCUGGGGAGCAAAUGGACGUGGUUUCCAGGACUCGGGUGUCGGCUUCCGGGCUCCCAGAGAAAGUCCCUGCUGAGCUAAGUGGAACUUGCAAGAAUUCAGCUCCUCCGGAGGAAGAUUCCAGGGGACUCUCUGCCUCUGCCUUCGCACCCGAGAAGCCCGGCUGGUUCCACAGCUACGAAGAGCGGCUGGAGUCUCUGACGCUGAAGCGCCUGGAAGGCCAGAAGAUUUGCUCGCUGCUCCUCUUCAGCCCCAACCCCAAGCAGCGGGCAGCGGGUGGCUUUGCCCGCCCCAGCCCAACUCCCGCCGCUUCUCUGCCAGCCGGACGGGAGGCGCCCGCGAGCGCCCAGCUGCCAACCCGAGAGAGAGAGAGAGAGANCGCGGGCGAGGCGCCGGGCGAGCUGCAGCGGCUGCGGGAGCUGCUGGGGCAGGUGCGCGCCGAGGACCUGGGCCUGCAGCCGCGCGGCCCCUCGCCCGUGCCGGGACCCCGCCAGCCGCCCGUCAGCUACAUGCACAUCUGCGAGACGGCGCGCUUCAGCAUGGGCGUCUUCGUGCUGCGCGCCGGCGCCUGCAUCCCGCUCCACGACCACCCGGGCAUGCAGGGGCUGCUCAAGGUGCUCUACGGCACGCUGCGCAUCGCCUGCCUCGACGCCCCCGCCGGGGAGGCCGGGCAGGAGGAGGCGGAGGAGGAGGAGGAGGAGGAAGAGCCGCUGCCCGGCGGGAGGGAGCCGCAGGACCCCUCCAGCGCCGCUGCCGCCGCCGCUCGUCCCCGCCGCCUGCGGGCCCUGCUGCGCUCGCACCGCCUCUACACGGCCGCCGCGCCGCCCUGCCUGCUCUCCCCGCAGCGCGACAACCUGCACCAGAUCGCGGCCGAGGGCGGCCCCGCCGCCUUCCUCGACAUCCUGGCGCCGCCCUACGACCCGGCCCGCGGGCGCGACUGCCACUACUACCGGCUGCUCGACGGACAGAGCCUCCCGCCGCCGCCCGCCCCGCUCUGGCUGCUGGAGACGCCGCAGGCGCCCGACUUCUGGUGCGGCGGGGAGCCCUACCCGGGCCCGCGCGUCUGCCCCUGA